AUGCAAGCCUCCAACCGUCUCCGCACCGCCUUCGCCGAAGGCAAGCAGGCCAUGGGCAUGUGGCAGAUGAUUCCGGGCGCCAACGUGUCGCGCAUCCUUGCGAGCUCUGGCGUGGACUGGGUCAUGGUGGAUUGCGAGCACGGCAACAUGGACGAUAGGGCCAUGCACGACGCGGUGCCGGCGAUUGCGGCGCUCGGCGUAUCCCCCAUUGUCAGAAUACCGGACAUGCAGGGCUGGAUGGUGAAGCGUGCUUUGGAUGCUGGUGCUCACGGAAUUCUCGUGCCGCUGCUGCGUUCGGCGGCGCAGGCCCGCGAAAUCGUACAGAGCGCCAAGUUCCCGCCCGUCGGCAAGCGCGGCUUCGGCUCGCCCAUUGCGCUGUCGCGCUUCCGCCCCGUCCCGUCCUUCACCGAGUACCUGCAGCAGGCCAACGACGCCAUCCUGACCAUGGUUCAGAUCGAGACGCAGGAGGCACUCGACGAGGUUGAAGAGAUUGCUGCCGUCCCGGGGGUCGACGUGCUGUUUGUCGGACCCUUUGAUCUGGGAAACAACAUUGGCCACCCUAUCCUCAACGGUGUCGUCUCAGAUACGCUCAAGGCGGCCAUUGCCAGGAUCUUGGCCGCCGCGCACAAGGCUGGCAAGAAGUGCGGCAUGUACUGCGCUAACGGCGCGCAGGCGCAGGCCAGCGCGGCCCAGGGGUUCGACAUGAUCAACGUGGCGACCGAUUACACGUCGCUGGAGACGCUGGUCAAGGAGGAGCUGAGUGUCGCGUGGUCGCAGGCCAAGCCCGAAAGGGGCGUGUCAUACUAA